CAUACUCUUCCACCAUCUCUAACUCCACCUCUCCCUCUUACCUACUUGAAUUUAUCCCUUCCCCCUCACCACACCACCACCAUACAAUACCAAGAAAAGAAAAAACAAAAAAGAAUCAAAAUGGCCGACAUCCUAACCCAACUCCAAACCUGCCUCGACCAACUAGCCACCCAAUUCUACGCAACGCUAGGCUACCUAACCACCUACCACGACAACAGCCCCGCGACCGUGCCCCCCUCAACCCAAACCCAAACGGCGCCGGCGGCGCCCGCGCUCGCCAAAAUCCCCAAGAACUCGUCCGCGCCGCCGGUGCCCGCCAGCGCGCCGCUCGCCGCCCAACAGCAAUCCAACCAGACGCAACAGCAGACGCCCGCCGAGAUCCCACAAGCCGCACAACCAGGCGCCGCCGGCGCAGCACCGGAGGACACAACAACAGCCGGCACAGGCACGGCGCAAGACCCCGCCCUCCCGCCGGCGCCGGACUCGCCCCGCACGUUUGCGGCGCGGCAGCGCGAGCUGGCCCGGGAUCUGGUGCUCAAGGAGCAGCAGAUCGAGUAUUUGAUUAGUGUGCUGCCCGGGAUCGGGUCGAGUGAGGCGGAGCAGGAGCGCCGCAUCAGGGAGUUGGAGGGGGAGUUGAGGCGGUGGGAGGGGGUGCGAGGGGAGAGGAUGCUGCAGCUUAAGGCGUUGAGGGGGCGGUUGGAGGGGGUGUUGGGGGCGAUGGAGGUGGGGGUUUAUGGGGAGCGGGACUUCUAG